UAGUGGAUAGUUUGCUUUACUUGUUUUUUUCUCAUUUCAUUUAAAAUGGGAAGUCAAAGUCAUUAGAAGACAUUUGUCUCAAUGUUUUCACAAGUUGUGCAAAUGGAAAAACACGGGGACGUUUUGAUUGUAAAAACCUUUUCAAACUUGCUAAUUUAUAUAACUCAGUGAAGAGGUAUAUAGAAUUAUUGAAGACGUAAAAGGUAUGUUUGAUGUUUGCUGUCGCACGCAAAACACCGGAACCUUUGUAUUGUUUAUAGACGGAACGUAAUGUGAAACGGACAAGCAUGAGUAGCCGUGGUGUAUAUCAGAUUUUUCGGUGGACUGCGAGAAAUGUAUCGCCCUCUGUAUUCAGCCCUUUCCCGUUUAGGAGAUGCCAGCUCCCGUCUAUGUGCGUCUAUUCCAGACUUUAUUGUUCUUCCUCCGAUCAGAUGACAUCGCAGCACAGCUCUGAGCUUACGCCUUCUUCCAGGCAGCCGGUUAGUCGGCUGUCUCUGCCUUCUUUGAUUGAUAUGGGAUUUACAGACUCCCAGGCAGAGCAAAUAAUUGAAACCGUGUCCAGGGUCGGAGGAGGAGGCGCUGCCAAACAUACACUGUCAGCUCUCACAGUUCUGUUCGGCUUGGGGCUGAACUCAUCCAGUGUCCUGAAAAUGCUGGACAAAUAUCCUGAAAUUUGCAUCGUUACAGAAAAGCAACUUAUGCAGCGCAUAAGUAAUCUGCGGAAGCUAGGUUUUGGAGAAGGCAGUCUCCAGAGGAUGGUAGUCCAUUACCCAAAAAUCCUGGCUGUGCCUGUGAAGUCUGUAAAUAAUGUAGCGCUGUUCCUGAGAGAGAAUUGCCUCUUUACUGUUCAGCAGAUCACAGAUAUCCUCAGAGAUAGUCCAGCAGUGGUAGUGGAGGACCUGGGCCAGCUGGAGUACAAGUUUCAGUACGUCUACUACCGAAUGGGUGUCAAACAGACAGAGAUGGUGAAGUGCAGACUGUUCCGUUUUACUCUUGAUGAGGUACGCUGUCGGCACAGUUUUCUGGAGCGGCGGGGCCUGUAUCAAACCCCGGACAAGAAAGGACAGACAACCAUUGUCAACCCCAAGCUGGACAGCAUCCUUAAUGUGGAACUGGACACUUUCAUCACACAUGUUGCCCAGGCAUCAGCAGAGGAGUACAAUGUAUUUGAGAAACUCCUGGCAAGAGAGUGGAGGGAAGAGGAGUUUCAGCAGGGUAGAAUUGAAGUUGAUAGUGAUGAUGAUGAAGCUGAUGAGGAGGAAGAAGAAGAGACUGAAGGAAAAAGUGGAUACAGGAAGAAGAAAAAGAACAAAUAGUGAACUAAUUGAACAGAAAGACACAAAUAAAGUAAAAAAAAAAAAAAAAAACCUCUGAUAGGAUCAGUGAAAUGCUUUUCUUUUGGAUGUUGGUUUAUCAGUGAGUUCUAAUAAAAAAUAAACUAUUAAAUCA